AUGGCGGCGUCGUCGUUAGCAAAGUCCUACCGAAAUCGCUCUGCGAUUGAUUUUAUUAAAACUACUUCCAAACGAAAGGAAGAUGAAAUGAUAGAGGAUGAACUUAGGACACAUUUGUCGAAAGAAUUAUCCUUUCAAGUUCCUCCUAUGGAUCCUCAAGUUUUUCUAAAAUCGAUCAAUGAAAGGGAAAAUGGUGUUAAAAUACAAUUUCUACAUGGUACAACAACCUUAGCUUUUAAAUUUAAAAAUGGUGUCAUUGUUGCUGCAGAUUCUCGUGCAUCAAUGGGCUCUUAUAUCGGCUCGCAAACUGUCAAGAAAGUUAUCGAAAUUAACCCCUAUUUAUUAGGUACGAUGGCUGGAGGUGCAGCUGAUUGUUCAUUCUGGGAACGUGUUCUUGCUGAGCGAUGCAGAGUUUAUGAAUUACGCAAUAAAGAGAGGAUAUCUGUUGCUGCUGCAUCGAAACUCCUUGCUAACAUGGUCUAUUAUUAUAAAGGAAUGGGUCUCUCAAUGGGUACCAUGAUUUGUGGUUGGGACAAAAGGGGACCAGGACUGUAUUAUGUCGAUAGUGAUGGUACAAGAAUGACUAAUUACAUGUUUUCAGUUGGCUCUGGAUCUACUUAUGCUUAUGGUAUCUUAGAUAGUGGAUUUAAACAUGAUCUAGAAGAUGAAGAAGCAUAUGAUCUGGCUAGAAGAGCAAUCUUUCACGCUACUCAUCGUGAUGCUUAUAGUGGAGGCUCCGUAAAUUUAUAUCAUGUCAAAGAAACCGGUUGGGUAAAAAUUUCCCGGGAUGACGUUGGCCCAUUAUAUUAUCAGUAUAAAGACGCUCAGUAA